AAAUAAAAACAUGAAGAAGAAGAAAACUGCCGAAUAAAAACACGAAGAAGAAGAAGAAGAAGGACAGCGAGUGACGCGCUCGUUAGUAACGGACACAAAGUCCAACUUUUUCCAACUUCAAAUGGCGACGAGCCGCGCGGUCAACCUUUAUGUGGACCUUCUUUCUCAGCCUUGCCGCGCCCUGCACAUCCUCGUCAACGUCGCCAACAUCCCGCAUCGCGUCCACACGGUGGCGCUCAGGAAAGGAGAACAUCAAAGUGCACACUUCACUAACAUCAACCCCGCGCACAAAGUUCCUGUCAUUGACGACGACGGCUUUGUGCUCACUGAGAGUGACGCCAUCUUGAAGUACUUGUGCACUAAGUACGAUGUUGCCGAGCACUGGUAUCCACGGCAACCAGAGAGGCGGGCCCGGGUGGAUGAGUACACGGCGUGGCAUCACACCAACACUCGACCGCACGCCGCCAAAGUCUUCCUGCUGGAGGUCCUGAUCCCCACCCGGACCGGCUCUGGCGUGGACCAGGCGCUGUUGGCCCGCGCCUUGUCUCAGCUGGACGCCACGCUGGACCUGCUGGAGUCCAUGUUCCUGCGGAGACAGCCCUUCCUGUGCGGCGAUGACAUCACGCUGGCGGACCUGCUCGCCGCCUGCGAGCUCAUGCAGCCUGUAGGUGGCGGCAGAGACGUCUUGCAGGGACGUCCGCAGCUGCGGCGCUGGAUGACCCGGGUCCAGUCGGCGCUGGGCCACGCCUUCCACGAGGCGCACGCCGUCCUGUACGCCGUCAGAGACCGCCGCCAGGCCAAGCUGUGAGCCGCCUCCCCACGUUGCCAUGACGACAAGAUGCGGACAGGAAACCGGCUCGUCAAACAGAAUGAAAAAAUAAAAGACUUUAUUGGGAAAUGUUUGAGGUCACAGCUGGUCGGUGGGCGGGGCUUGCUUGGCCGGGCGCCCGCCCUCGUCUCCCUCUCGUCUCCUCUUCCGUGAUGAGGUUGGCUCCGCCCCCUGCGUGAGCGAGGACACGUCUGAUUGGUCACAGUGCGCACGCUAAUGGAGGUGACAUGAGUGGUUACCACGGCGACGUCAGGGGGAGAAGGCGGGUACAUGAGCGCGUGCGCCUUCGCCAACAUGGUCGGGUCCUACGUGCACACGCGCACACACACACACGCGCGCGCACACACACACACACACACACACACACACACACACACACACACACACACACACACACACACACACACAUUAAAGACACAAAUAGCAACAUAAGUCAUCAAUAUAAACACAACAUCUUGGCUUUGCUAUUGCUAACAAAACAUUCAGUUUGAAGCAUCAAAAUAGCAAUGCUACAUUAGCAUUAGCAUUAGCCACUAAACCAGACCAAAAAAAUACGUUCAGUAUCGUGGCCACUGAUUGGCUCAGCCUCAGAUAGCAUUACCAACAUUAGCAUGCUAACUUUUUAAGCCAAUUUUUACGGUUGAACACUUGAGUCACUUGCUACUUGACUGCAUUCUAACUGUUAGCCUUCAAGUCAUUUCUGCAUUCAAAAUUGUACUCCCAAAGUUGCAUAUUCUA